AUGAGGCCGCCGUUUCGUCCUAUACUCACCAAGGCUCCCUGUAGGUUUUGCGGCGCAAGUUUCUUCUCCAGUCAUGGGCGCAAACAGAGCAGGCUGCUCCCAGAUUUCCCGGCGCGCACUCGUUUCGCCCCAUCUCCUACGGGCUACCUGCACCUUGGCUCCCUGCGGACAGCCUUGUUUAACUACCUCCUUGCGAAAAGAACCGGCGGACAGUUUCUUUUGCGCAUAGAGGAUACGGAUCAGAAAAGGACAAUUGCUGGGGCCGAGCAGCGGCUGUGUGAGGAUUUACAGUGGGCUGGACUUCAGUGGGAUGAGGGCCCUAUUGUGGGUGGCCCUUAUGGUCCUUAUAGACAGUCCGAACGAACGUCCAUGGGUAUAUACAAGGAGGAGAUCCGAAAACUUAUUUUUACGGGACAUGCAUAUAGAUGCUUUUGCUCACCGGAACGGCUCGAUACUCUUGCCAGACACCGCAAUGAGCUGGGAUUGCCACCUGGCUAUGACGGAACCUGCAGAGGGAUAUCACCAGAGGAGGCUGAAGAUCGUUCUAGGAAUGGAGAAUCAAACGUAGUCCGCUUGCGUAUGGCUGGGCCAUUUCCUAUGUUCACAGAUCUCGUUUUCGGGAAAACUGGCCAGAAUAUAACUGCGAGUGCUGGCCGGCUCAGUAGCCAGCAGAGCGAUCCGAUCUUGAUCAAAUCGGAUGGCUAUCCAACUUACCAUCUUGCUAAUGUGGUUGAUGACCAUCAUAUGAAGAUAUCCCAUGUCAUUCGGGGCACGGAAUGGAUGUCCUCAACACCGUUGCAUGUUGCAUUGUAUAAUGCCUUUGGAUGGGAACCACCAGCAUUCGGCCAUGUCCCUCUCCUGACCGAGAAAAGCGGACAGAAACUCAGCAAGCGAAACGUGGAUAUCGAUAUCUCGCUCUUCAGAGAUAGGCAGGAAGUUUUCCCCGAAGCUUUGGACAAUUUCGCCGCACUGCUGGGCUGGUCCCAUUCCCGCAAAACCGACAUUUUUAGCCUGAAGGAGCUGGAACAAACGUUUGACCUAAAACUCACGAAAGGAAAUACCAUCGUUUCUUUCGAGAAACUCUGGUUCUUACAGAGCGCACACGCACAGCGAUAUGCAACCAAAGGAGGCCCCGAAAUCAAGUUCAUGAUCGAUCGAAUAGAAAAGGCCUUGAAAAAUCGAUACACCAGUGAACAGCUCCUAGGUCAACGAAAUCUGCGCGAACGCAUCGCCUCCAUAAUCCGCGAAGGCGGGGCGCGCACCUACAUCAACGCGUCAAAAUUCAUCGAUGACAACAAGUCAUUCUUCACCAACACCCUCGACCGACCAGCCUACGAUCCAGUUACCCCAUCUCCAUCCAAGAAGAGAAGUCAACUCGAACCCGAAAUUGAAACACCCAGUACAGUCCCUCUUACCAAUGCUUCGACCGCUACCCCGGUCACAGUCCUCCACGCCGCCGCUGCAGCCCUCUGCCUAGUGCCAGACGAACACUGGACCACAGAAACCCAUAAGCAAAACAUAUCUAACCUCCUUACCGAUAACCUAUCCCCAUCCGCAUCUCCAUGCGCUACAAGUUCUGCAGUAUCAACAUCGCCACACUCCACCUCUGCCUCCGAAAAACAAUUGCGCAAAGACCUCUACCACUAUCUCCGCUGGGCCUUAUUAGGUGGAGCACCAGGGAUAAACAUCCCGGCAACGAUGGCCAUUCUAGGCCGUGAAGAAUGUGUGCGGAGAUUGCAGGAGGCGCGGCAGCUGACGAUGCCAAUGCAGCAGGAAGGUUUGAGUUUGAAGGGUGGAAUUGAUGGAGCGGGGUUGAAGGGCGGGGGCAGGAGUUGGGAUGCAUUGAAGAAACAGGCUGCUAAUAGUGAUGCUUGA